CCCUCGCCUAUUGGCGGGGCGCAGGGUGCGCGAAAUGAAAGUCAAUUCCCUAUAUAAAGGGUGGUUUUCCAGCCCGACAACGACAGAAACCGAUCUAUUUUACUCACGCGCGAGUAUCACGUCGAAGUAUCGUUCAACAUGAGGGCCCUGAUUUGCCUGGUGCUGAUCUCCGCGGCGUUCGCCGCCGAAGAGAAGACGGUAAAGAAGCGUGGUCUGAUUGGCAAUACGGCCUCCUCGAUUCUUUACCUGGGUGACUACUAUGGUUAUGAUGGCCAAGGUGGUCUUGGUGGCCUUGGUGGCCUUGGUGGCCUUGGUGGACUUGGUGGACUUGGUGGCCUGAGUGGUCUUGAUGGUGGUCUUGGUGGUGGCCACGGCAUUGCUAUUGCCGUUAAGGAGAAGGCUGUCCCUGUUGCCGUCCCGGCCCCUGUUCCAGUUCCCGUCGACCGUCCCUAUCCCGUUAAGGUUCCGGUUGCUGUCCCGCACCCAGUUCCAGUAGCCGUUCCGGUACCGAAGCCCUACCCCGUGAUCCAGACCAAGACGAUCACGGUUCCCGUAGAGAAGCCUUAUCCGGUCCAUGUCCCCGUUAAAGUGCCAGUGCCCGUCCCUGCCCCAUACCCCGUACCCGUCAAGGUUGCUGUCUCCCACCCAGUCCCAGUUCCAGUCCCUCACGCCGUUCCAGUCGCGGUUCCGCACCCGGUCGUCGUCAAAGAAUCGGUUCCCGUUUACGUUAAGAGCUACGGCCAUUACUAGAUGAAUUUUUCCUUAAAAAAAAUAAAAUCAUAUACACACACCACCCCGCCCCAUUUUAACUGCCUUUUUCCAGCAGCGCAAAAUCCAUCACGACGAGCGUCUGUUCAAGAGACGCUUUCCUCGUCGUGUAGUACCUUGAAUUCAUGGAAUAAAUCAAUUUUGUAAAUGUUUUCAUAAAGAAA